AUGAAUGAUGGUCGAAAAUCACAAGAGAGUUUCGAGGGCCUGCGAUGCAUGUCGCUCAAAAAAAUCAAAUGUGAUGGCCAGGAACCAUGCUCAAACUGUGUCAAAGCGUCGUAAAAUUGCAGUUACUCGCAUGUGGCCAAGAAACGGCUAAAACCGCCAACAAGAGUUUCGAAUAGAAAGCUUUUUGAUGACUUGUCUGAGCGUUUGUCGAGAUUGGAGAAUAUUCUUUCUCAAAUUCGAGACGAAUCUCACGGUGUCUAUGUUAGCACUCAUCUAUCACCAGAGAAAAGUCUUACGUCACUUAAAACUGAUGUUCAAUAUCAACAACCGGGUAUCGGUGACACUUCGACGUCCGAGCCGGAAAGUGGUGCAGAAUCAAGUAAUUCUGAGGAGGAGUCGCUUGAGCUCAACACGCGCCUUCGACCGCAUUCUGGUAGAAAACAAGAAUCAGAGCUGCCUCUUUCUAAACUUGACAACGAAUUGGUCGUAGAAAACAGCCCAAAUGAAGGGGCCGAUAGUGUACCUGCCGGGGUUCUUUAUAAUGAAGAAAGUAACACCCACUCAACUGUUAAAAACUCAUAUCUCGGUGCAUAUUCUGCGUUUUCGAUGUUUACCCGCAAGGGUUUGCAAUGGGUCCACAAUAAACUGAUGGGAGGACCAGAUAUUCUCGCACCACUACUACAAGCAAAGACUGUACUACGAAGUAAUAAUUUUGCAAUUUUCAAUGUCUAUUUUGACAAAAUCGGAGUUAUAGACACCUAUGACUUCCCUGAGCCAGAAGUGUGUGAAGUGCUUUUUCAAAAUUUCAUCAAACAUGCUGCUCCAAUUUCACCUGUGGAGAUAGAAUACGAGAUUCCGGCACUCAAAGAGAGGUUUGAGUGUUCUCCUCGAACCCUCAACUUUUCUGAGCUUUUUCUCGUUGACACCAUUGUGCUCAUAGGAUCUACAAUUUAAUGUCAAAUUUGCUAUAUCAACUAUGCUGACAGUUCCAAAUGGACAAUGAUCGCAAAUGAUGCUCAAGACACUGCAACUAUAUCAAGAGACUAGUUUGGCAUAUUCCAGCGAAGCUCUUUUGUAUAUUAAGUGAGUUCUUCUUUUCUGCUGGCAGAUUGAAAACUCUCCUACUCCUCAGCUGGCUUAUCUGCACUUGUCCACCGCAGUGCGACUAGCUCAGGAACUAAGCCUGCAUCUGAGAGAGGCUUACUUUCCUAUAUCUGAUCCAACGGAUGCUUUAAAGAGGCAUGUACUAUGGAUGAAUCUGUAUCGUUACGAUAUUUAUUUGUCCACCCGUACCGGCAAACCGUCUUCAAUCCCUGAGGGAGACACUAACUCUCUUCUUGAUUGGGAUUUUUACCAAUACGUUGACGCAUACCUUCAGGACUCUUCAGUUGACCUCAAAAAAAAUCCGAGCAACGACAGUCCAAAGCUAUGGUUAAGUGAUUUGCGAUCCAGCUUGGCGCAGUUCUGCUUCGAAUCGAGGCAAAACCUACAUUACUCUUUAAAAUAUUACGAACUGCAUCUAGCCCGGCAUUCCAUAAGGUGCUAUCGUUAUCUGUUGACUCGCAAAGCGCUGGCAGAAAACGACUACGAACGUCGAUCAGCUGUCGCUAAAAAAUUGAAUUUGGAACUCGAUAACUGGCAAACAAUGCUACCUGCUUUCAUGACUCCGACAAGCGAUAUGAAAAAUUUGGCAAGCCUCGAGCAAAUUUUUAACGCCAUGCCCGAGCGUUCUAUAAAGGUCCCACUAUGGUCUUUUCUUCAAACUUACCCCACUGCUUUGAAGCUGAAAAUAACCAGCAUGCACAUGGAAUACUACUUGAACCUUUUAUACACAAAUUGCGUGUUAAGUCGUAUCCCGUGGCAAACAGAGUCUGACUGUCCUCCGCGGUUGGGUUCUAACGUCUCGAUACUGAUGAAAAAUGUACGUUUGCGGCUAGAAUGAUGGUAAAGCUCUCCACGCUCGUUAUUGAUGCUGGUGAUCCUAAUAAUUCCUUAUGUGGGAACACGAUGUAUGCUUUUUUCAGCGGGUUCCUAAAUCUUUUUUAUCGAUGCGUUGAGGGACCAAGCUCGGGGAAAGAAGAUAUGUUGCUGCUUUACGACACAACUGUGUUAGUGGUCCAGUUUUCGAAACGGCAAAGAAAUAGUUUCUCGCUGAAAUGGACUGUGAUGGCUCUUACUGCCUUGAAUUUGAUGCAGCUGGGUUUGACAACCUACGAAACCGAGACAAAAGACGCAAGUCCACGCAUCGACGACAAUGUUAUCAGAAAUGAGCUCAAAGCACUUCAAGCUGUGUUGGCAGUGCAGCCUAAGGAAACAUUGGUGCACCUGCGAAACAUAGACGAGCUUCACAAUAACUUGAAACCUCGCGCUAACGGAGGAUUAAACGAUUUUCCGGAAACUUGACAAGUGGCUCGCGGAAAAAUCUCAAGGUAUGCUCCCACAAUACAAGAACAUCGACAACACUGUGGCGGGUGGAGACUUGGCACCUUCUUUCGGUCCUUCUUCGGCCAACAUGUUUAGCAUGUCGCCUCCUCGUGAUGAUGCGGAAGAGGCAGCGCUGGAACCACAAAUUUUUGAAUUUUUCGAUCAACCUUUCCUACUGGACGAUCCAUCGCUUGACAAG